UUCAAAUCCCAAGUCAUGGGCACAGGAGAAGAUGACUCGGGUGAUGAGGAGCCAGCCUCGCAGUCUGACAAGAGUGAGCUGCACAACACUCUGAAAAGCCUCGCCAGUAAGCUGGAGGAUUUAAGCACGUGCAAUGACCUUAUUGCCAAGCACGGGGCAGCUCUCCAGAGGUCCCUGAGUGAGCUGGAGAACCUGAAGCUGCCUGCCGAGAGCGGGGAGAAGAUCAAAGCCGUCAAUGAGCGAGCCACCCUCUUCCGGAUCACCUCCAAUGCUAUGAUCAAUGCUUGCCGCGACUUCCUGGAGUUAGCCGAGAGCCACAGUCGGAAAUGGCAGCGGGCACUACAGUAUGAGCGGGAGCAGAGGAUCCGCCUGGAGGAGACCAUUGAGCAGUUAGCCAAACAGCACAACAGCUUGGAACGGGCCUGCCGGGGAGCUCCCGGCCUGUCCUCGAGCGCCACAGCAGUCAGCAGCACUUCCAAGGGGAGUGUGCAGCCUGCCAAAGGGGAAGCCAGUGAUGAAGAUGAGGAGACAGAGUAUUUUGAUGCCAUGGAGGAUGCACCAGCUUUUAUCACAGUAACUGCAGACCCCAAACAUCACAGGCGUUCUGGCAGUAACCUGAGCGGGGCCAGCGAGGGGCACCCUGAGGACUGGAACCUGGAGGACAAUGUCUUUGAGAGCACAAAUCAAACUGGCGACAAAGAAUCAAUGUGCAAAGACGUCCUGCCGAAGAAGAGGAGACGAACGCGCAUUCCAGACAAACCCAACUACAGCCUUAACCUCUGGAGCAUAAUGAAAAACUGCAUUGGCAAAGAACUGUCCAAGAUCCCUAUGCCUGUAAACUUCAACGAGCCGCUUUCCAUGCUGCAGCGGCUGACCGAGGACCUGGAGUACCACGAGCUGCUGGACAAAGCCGUGAAGUGCGAGAGCUCCACCGAGCAGAUGUGUUUUGUUGCUGCAUUUUCAGUGUCUUCCUAUUCGACGACUGUGCACCGCACUGCGAAGCCGUUCAACCCCCUGCUGGGGGAAACCUACGAACUGGACCGGCUAGAUGAGCUUGGCUUCCGAUCGCUCUGCGAGCAGGUGAGCCAUCACCCACCAGCUGCAGCCCAUCAUGUGUAUUCCAAGCAAGGCUGGACGCUGUGGCAGGAAAUCACAAUUGCGAGCAAGUUCAGGGGCAAAUACCUCUCUAUCAUGCCACUGGGUGCCAUCCAUCUAGAAUUUCACUCCAGCGGGAACCACUAUGUCUGGAGGAAGGUCACCUCCACUGUUCACAACAUCAUUGUGGGCAAGCUCUGGAUCGACCAGUCUGGUGACAUAGAGAUUGUGAACCACAAGUCAAAAGAUAAAUGCCAGCUGAAAUUUACACCCUACAGCUAUUUCUCCAGAGACGUCCCCCGAAAGGUGACGGGUGUGGUAACGGAUGCUGAUGGAAAGGCGCAUUAUGUCAUGUCUGGCACGUGGGACGAAAAUAUGGAGUGCUCCAAGAUAGUGCAAAGCAGCCAUGGCAGCACCAGCUCGGAGGGCAAGCAAAAAACCGUCUACCAGACGCUGGCCCCAAAGGUCCUGUGGAAGAAAUAUCCUCUCCCGGAGAAUGCCGAGAAUAUGUAUUUCUUCUCUGACCUGGCCCUGACUCUGAAUGAGCCUGAGGAACGAGUGGCGCCCACAGACAGCAGGCUGAGGCCUGACCAGCGGCUCAUGGAGAAUGGCAAGUGGGAUGAGGCCAACGUGGAGAAGCAGAGGCUGGAGGAGAAGCAAAGGGCUGUACGUCGCAGGCGGGAGGCGGAAGCCGUGGAGGCCUUGGAGGAAGGCAAAGACUACGAAGGCUACACCCCACUGUGGUUUGAGAGGAAGGUGGAUCCCCUGACAGGGGAGCUGAUCUGUGUUUACAAGGGUGGAUACUGGGAAGCCAAGGAGAAACAGGACUGGGAUCUGUGCCCUGAUAUCUUCUGAGCUGCUCCUCCCAUGCCAGGCUGGCAGGCCACAGGAUAGGAGGACAAGGAGCACCUGGGACGCAUCGGGCAACAUCCUGCUGUUUAUGCCACCGCGCACAGAAACACACCCAGAGUAAAUAAAUACAGAAAUUUAAAAGAAAAUAAAUCAAAACAGAGAUUCCAAACCUAUUUUUUUAUGCACUAAUAAAAUAGCUUUCAGUGUUUUUUUAACGGUGGCGUUUUUUUAGCUACUAAUUAGGAACAAAAACAUGUUGAAUGUGGUUCCUUUUUAGCCUAGCGUAUUUAUUGCUGUCAGAAGUUGCUGCCUAUAUUUUUCAAAGCCUCAGCUUUAUUCACUGAGACGUCGACUUCCAAAGAUGCACACGUUGCGGGGAUACGAUGCACAGUCCUUGGAGAUCUUCCUUCUGACUUUUUUCCCCAUUUGUGUGUGGACUUAAUUUUUAAAACAUCUGCUUGUAGUUCAGGUUCCUUUUUACAGACACUAGCAACUCUCUGAUCCCAUUCAUCUCCGAAGCUCUAGGGAGAAGAUGACUUUUCUAGGGAUGGUGGAUUAGGUGCUUAUUCCUAGGUUCUUUCCAUAGUUCCCAGCAGUGCCCGAUGCUCCCACAGCUAUGAAUUAGGUUCUUUCUGAAGCUAUUUAGGUGACUUUUCUAGCGGAUUGUUUGAAUGGAUUUUUUCCAAUCUGCAAUAUUGAGUUGAUAUUUUUUAGAACCGUCUCUAACAAGAUGCUUUUUUGGAUCAUAUUCAUUUUGGUUUUUCCCUGCAACUCUGUCUUAAUUGGAAACCGUUCCUUCCAGAGAGCAGACAAGAAGCGAUCUGUCUAGGGAGACUUUUUAAACUUGCCCUCAGUCAGAGUAGAGUCAGCCUUCGUGGACUAGAGCCAAGACCCUUACUCAGCAGUUCAUAGAUACCACCAGUGCUUAGCGGGAUCCAUAGCCCACCCCAGCCCAGCACCUCAAGGCCCCUUCCCCCUCCAUGUCUUGCAGCAGCAGUUAAUGUUCCCAGCUCUCUACACCUUCCUGCAACAGUUUCCAGGCAGGGUUUAGCCUCUGAGCUGCCCUUCGGACACCAGGCACAAAGGUUGAUGCCACAUGGAUGGUUCCCGUCAUAUUGCAAUAUCAGUCCCUGUAAGGGACAGUUGGAGGUGCAGGGAACAGUGACACUCAUUUAGGCAAAGCAGUAGCAUGGUUGAUGGCGAGCCCGAAGUGUAGUGGGAGGCUCUUGAACAAGCAGAUGGCUCCCCUACCCCGUUCCUUUCCCCUAUUCCAUUCCUUUGGGCUUCCUGCCAUUUCCACUCCAUCCUCCUGCUAUUUCCGUGGGGUUCCUUCUCUUGUGCCCACCCCCAAUCUGGAGCUAGGGAGCAGAGCCUGGGGGGCUCAGUGGAGAAGCAGGAGGACAGAUGUAUUUACCUGGGAUAGAGCGAGAGGGAGGAGAUGGCUGUCAGGAUGCCCCCAGCUCCAGCACAGGGACCCCUGAGUGAGGCUGGCUCUGACUGGAGCUCAGUGUUGUGACUGACUGCAAGUUGCUGUAGCACAGACACACGUGACUCAUGGAUCCCAGUUCCCACUCCCCUGAUGCACAGAGAUGGGCCAGUUCCAAGAUCCCUGAAUGCAGCUGAAUUCCAGCUUGACCCCGUGACUGUAAUGGCUCUGAGCCCCAAGCCCCAAACACCCAUUACAUCACCCUGCAGUCUGAGGGGAGAGAUGCACCCAGACCCUCUCCCCCCGCCGGGCCCUGGGCAGUGUCCCAGCUCUGGCAUGACUGAGCCGAGCUGCUGAGCUCUGUCACAGGUGCCCCGGGGAAAGCCCAGAGACUUUUGGGCAGAAGGGGUGAGGGCAGCUCUUCCUGCACUGCAGAGGGUGCUUAGGGUUCGCACCAGCUGCUGGGAAUGGGGCACAGCAUUGUAAUGGCCCAGGAGAAAGCCACGGGACCCAGUCUGCUCUAGGGCCCUCCCUUGGUUCCCUGCAGGAAGGUGACAGGCAAUGGUUUGAUUUCACGGCUGUGUGCAGGCACCAGUCCUGGAUUGUCACUGACUGCUCCAACUCACAUGCAUCUAAUCUAUUGGCCCCCUGUGCUGCCAGGCUAAUUUAGAUCCAUGCAGUACUGCAGGCACUCCCCUCCCGCCCAACGCAAGGCUGGACGAGCAGCAGGCUACCCUAGAACAGGGCCUGUCCCCUAGACCGUCACUGCCGAGUGGCAGACAGAGAAACCCCCUCCUCUGAGCAAUCCAUCACAUCCCUUGCCUGAUGCUAAAAUCCCUCCCUGCAGGAGUUUCACUCAGUGACCAAAGCAUCCCUCCCUGGGCAGCAGGCAGCCCUGAACCCAACAGCCUUUGGCACGUGGACUUGCUCCCUUCCAGGCCCCUGGCUCUGGACCGCCCCCCAUUGCAACAAUCCCCUUCCAUUGGGCUCCUGCUGUUGUCAUUAUUAAGAAUGUCCCAUCACUGGACACCCGCUGAGCCCUCACGACAAACAUUACAGCAAAUAUUGGGCCACACUCGCCCCUUAGGCUGUGAUGCCAGUGGAGCUAGUGUCUGUCCUGAAGCAGCUCAGCUCCUAGAUCUCCUGCUUCCUGUACCUCCCUUUCCAAGUACCACCCCCAACUGGGUGGGGACAGAGGCCCUUGCACUUCUGCUGCCUCCUCCCCACCAGAGCAAUCUCCUUGCUGGGAUACUCAGUGCUCCGGAGAUGCCGGAAAGGAUGAGCAAGCCCUCCAGGUGAUAAAUGAGCAGCAAGAGAAGGUGACUCGCUCACACAUCCUGCUCUGGUCUAUACAUGUCUGGUGACUGAACUGCAGCGUAUCCCGGGAGAGCUCUGUCUGGGCUGGCGUUUGGGAAUAGGAGUCCGGAUCUGCACACUGGUGAGACCUGCCGAGCAUCCUGGGCUUGAGAGGAAGCCAUGUGUGAGCUCUCGAGAGGGCUAGAGGCAGGGUUCUGCCUUGUGUGCUUUCAUUUCUGAUGUCUUCUGCUCUGGCUUUCUUCCAUGUCACACCAGCCACUCUGCUCGUGUGGCUCAAAGGCCAUGCUGGGGCAGCUGGGGCCAGCCCCCAUCCAUGGGGGAAGAAAAUUAGCAAUAAUGAACUUCAAGGCGCUGGUAACUGGAAAACCCAGACUGCACAUGGGACUUGCAUGCAAUCAGGUUCCGAAGACCAUCAGUCUCCUGGUCAGCCCUCUUCUCAUCCACCACCCACAGACUGAUUGACAACACACGUAUGUAUACAGUAUAUGUACAACUUGUACAAUGUAACACUAGUGAUUGGCUAUCAGUGUGGUAACACAGCUGAUGUCCGUGUACCCUUUAACCUUUUAUUUGCUUCUAAUUUAUAUAUAAAAUUAUUUUGCUUAAAUUUAUAUGGUACAUAAUAGAUGAAAAAUAAUGAAGACAGAUACGGCUGUCUGAGGUUUUAUAGUACAACCUGUACGGUAUAUUUCAGCUUAUCUUUCAGGUAGGCUUGUUCUAAAAUGAGCAGGGAGAGAGAGGUUUAAGGUAUUUGCUUAAUUAGCUAAGUAACAAUUGCUCCAGAGCCAAGGUGUUAAUUAGAAAAGAAAACAAGGCAUUUCAGCUUGCUAAGGCCUGGGCUACGCUACAGAGUUAGGUCGACAUAAGGCAGCUUCUAUCUACCUAACUCUGUAAGUGACU